UGCGGGUUAACGCCGCCUCAGUUCAGACUCACAGCACUGCUAGCCUGUCUGUUAGCGCAGCUCGGACCAGCCGCAACGUCUUAAAACGUAAUUUUUUGGAGGAAAUGUUCGACGUAAUCAGCUGAACCGCUGUCGAAAAUAUCCGCGAGUGUCUCUAUAUUAGUUCCAACCUGCGACCACAAUGUUUGAGCGGCCAAAACUGCGUUUAUUUUUGCCUUUUUGUGCGUGUCUGAGCCACGUCCUCGGUUCCUCUGUGGUUCCUCCUCCAACUAACGUCACCGUCAGCUGUCACAACUUUGAAAACAUCAUCUACUGGAACUACACUGACCAAAGUCAAAACCCGGAAUUUGCUGUGAGAAUUCUGGUCUACAGAGGAGAACAACCUCCAGUUUUGACAACAACUCAGAACUACCUAGAUAUCUCUAACUACACAGAUGAUGCUGAAAAUGCAUAUGAUGUGUAUGUAGAAGCUUGGCUGAAUGGAUCUGAAAACACCGGAUCAUCUGAAGUUGUAAAGUUCACGUACAGCCAAGACUUUCCCUUUUUGACCGAGUGUGUGGUGGAUUUUCCAGACGUAGAUAUUUUGGCCUUGCAACACAGUUUCGAACUGUCUUUUGAUCAUCCUUACGACGUCUACGGUUCUGAUAGUUUGAAUGAAAACUUCACCUAUAAAGUCACAUGUAAUGAGACAGAGUGUGGCGAAGGUGAGUGUUCUUUAGACGAACAGUGCACAGGGAUGAUGCACAUUCCUGAACAUCUUUACGGCCGUUGCUUCAGUGUCCAUCUCAAAGCGACGAUCAGCAGCAUACCUAUAGAAACCUCAAGAGAAGUCUGCAGUCCCACCAUCCCUUCGUCCAGUAACCCUGAUGUAACUCUUAUAACCACUUUGGUGUGCACUGGAGUUGGAGUCCUUCUGAUAUUCAUAGCAGCUGGAGCAAUGAUGUACACGAAGGUGACCGGAUCUGAUUCCCAGAGUGCAAUAAUCAACAAAUUCUUGCGCAUGGUGAAAACCGAUUCGUCUGUUAUGGAUCCUGAGCGGCCGACUGUGUCUGAGGUCAGAUCUAUAAGCCACACUCCUCUGCUGAUAACCCCAGAUGAUGUCAUGUCCAUCUGCACCAGCCUGACUCCUGCUGCAGAGAUUACUCACUUUCCUGUCCAGCCCACUACUAACGUGGAGUCGUUGGAGGACCAGGAGCACAGCGGCAGUGAGGAGGACGACGAUUCUAAUGGCUUCUCGGACAGUUUCUCAGGUUACGACUGCCAAAAGUUUCCUCUGGAGAUGAGCCCUGGAGACACAGUGGAGGCUUACCGUCCAUGAUUAAGUGGCCCAAGUGAGACCUCUGAAGUUAAUGGUGAGGUUAAGCAACGAAUGGACUAAGGAAACCAGUCCAGCACUUGAGUUCGCCGUCUUCGAGACUGUCCCAAAAACUCCUAAAUGUGCGCUUUUUAUGACAUACACUUAAUCUCACUGCAUUCAUAGUGAUAGGACCAUCCACUAGAAUAUGAGCAAUAUCAGAUUGUCAUGCUUAGGCAAUAGCAGAUUUACUAAUGUCUGUUUAAUUCUGUCACUUUUGGUCCGAUUUUUUCCAAUAUUUGCAUCCUUUACUUGUGUUAUGUACACUUAGCUGGCAUGAAAAACAGUGAUGUUCAUAAAUCUUGAUGUAUUUUUUUUUCUAUUCAGAAACCAAAAAAUGGUAGCGUUUGCUUAUGAUAAUGGCACAGUGCAUAAGUUACACAGACUUGGCAGUUCACACUAAGCAGCUUGGCUAAGCUGUUAAUAUUGUUUCUGCCUUUGGUAGCUACCAGCUACUGGAAUGAGGCCUAAAAAGUUACGAAAUGAUCAUGGAAACAGUGGAACAGUUCCAGCUGCAUUCCAACAGUAUGACUGCAGAUCCAGGCUUUUACCACAUGGACAGUAUCCUUUUACAACGAAAUACAGAAUGACCGAAAGUUGGAUGCCAGGUUCAAAUCACAAACCUUAAAGCGUUGUUAAAGCAGGUGUUGCUUAAAAUAAUUGAAUUUUCUUUCUGACAAAAAGGAAUGCAUGAACCAAGCUGAGUUUGACAUGUUACUUUUUCUUCCAGAACAAGGCUUACUUUUACAUUUAGUAUGUGCACAUGACGUUAAUAUUGUUUCUUUGAAUUGUUUUUAAAUCUUUAGUGUUAGUUCAGGAAUAGCUGUUUGGAAAAAUGAUUGUCAUUGGAAACAAAAAGGGAGAAAAAAAUUCUUAAACUCUGAGAGUUUGACUGGCUGUAAGCCAUUAGUUGAUUCCAGCCACUACUGGUCCUCAAUACUAGUUUAGAGGGACACAAUUAUAUGCAAACAUUUUAGCACCCCCAGUCGAAUCAUGUUUGAUUUGUUGAUUUUUCUAAUGAAAAUGUGCUAAAACAUCAUUUAUGGCAAAGAGAUUUAGACAUUUACUUUUGUAUAAAAAAGUUAAAUUCAGCAAAUAAAUAGUAAUUGUGCAUUAGAUUUUGCAGAAAUAGGUACUCUACGGAGGAUAUUCACUUAGAAAGGUUUUUCCAUCCGCCUUGUCAAUGAUGAAUAUCAGCCAUUUGUGUAUCAGCAUGUGUGCCAAGUGAUUACCGACAGCUAAAGUCACUGCUUUGGUCACUAAAUCCAAAAAAAAGGCUAUUACAGCUCUGUAUGCCUUGAAAAGGCUUGCCUGUUACACUUUCACUUGAAUUAGUUGGACUGAGCCCAAUAGCCUGAUAGCCUGAUGGCUGGCGUUCACCACGAGUGCUGCAAAGAAAACUGCAACAAAUAAGUCAGACAGCUGCUCGCAAGAAAUUGUCCUGAAUUUAAGUGAUUCAGCAGGCUUUGUGAAUACUUGCAAUUACUCUCAGAACGUCCUGCAGACGUUCCCGUUUUUAUAUAUAUAUGUAUGUAUAUAUAUGAUGAAUUUGUUAGGCUUAAAGCUGUUCUGUGAAAUGUUGCACCCCACCGUAAACACGGUCUGCAAACUAGUCCACGUGGCCACGAGUGGGGAGUUCUGCUCUGUGUGUCCUGUGUAUUUGCCUUCUUAUAUAACCCUAAACAAAGAACUCGUUUCCACUCACGGCCUUACAUACAUUUCUCCUCCAUAAGAAACAAUAACAUUCAUCGCACGUAUUACAGCAGAGUCCGAGUACUGUGCUGCUUCACAUUUCUUAAUGACUAAAUAUUUCAGCACUUUUGCAUGUUGCACCUUAGGUGUAAGACAAGUUUUCUUGACGUUGUUGUCAUUAGUAUAUAUGUGUAUGAUGAAGCUUGUGCUUUGGGGUAUUUUUGUACAAGUGGGGUGAUUUUCUGUUUCUGUCCAGCUCUUUUUGCAGAGACUAUAUCAGACUGUUACUUCAUAGGCUGGUUUCCCAAAACCCAGAUUAGGCCUAAUCCUAGACUAAGGAAAAUUCCCAGUGGUUCGCCAUUGGCUUUGCACUUUAGUCCAGGACCUAAACUUAAUCCCUGUCUCAUCAAACCAGCCUAUAGAUGGUUCUUGAGGGCUGUUUGCCAGGGCAGCCUACAAGAAGAUAAUUAGAUUGUUGGGCACGUUAAUCACAAUAUGUACAUUUUUUCUAUGCUGUCUUUGAUGAGCAAUGCUGACGAUGUGGCAGGUGAAUCCUAAGAUUAUCUCCACCAGGAACCGUCCCUGCAACAACCCGGCCAUUUGUACUGCUUUUGGUGACCUGUACUCUUCACUCUGCUCUCUGAAAUAAACCCAUUCUUUCCUA